CUUACCGGGCCAGCACCGCCUCCUGCAUACCCCGCACCACCUCCAUACCCUGCACCACCUCCACGCUACCCAGUUGCACAUGCAGGAUACCCUGCUCCACCGCCACCAGUGCAUCCAUCACCUUCUGCGUAUCCUCGAGAUGAAGCCGCUCCACCUGUGCUAUCGUACCAAAGAGAGAGACCAACACCAGCUCCUCCACGAUUCCGCCCGAGACCCCCUCCAAAUGAACUUUCCGCGAUGCGGAGGGAUAGAUCGAUAAACGCAUUUGGCAUGGGUCCAAGACCGGCGGAAUACGAGCUGGUGAUUAUUGCGAUGAUUGGCGAUCUAACUACGGAUAUGCUCCGAAUUGUGCAUACAGCUGACUGGGACACGCCAGUGGUGAACAUCCGUGGAGAGCAUCUUUUCGCUAGUUGGAGAGCUGUGCUGAAUGAUGGACAACGCACAACUCGUCCACUCUAUUCGUUCGACAGGCGUGACGUCAUUGUGGAUGAUCAUUGGCCAGAUAAACGCAUUUGGCAUGGAUCCAAAACUGGCGGAAUACGAGCUGGUGAUUACUGCGAUGAUUGGCGAUCUAACUAUGGUAAGAGUUUCACGGAACUAGUGAGGUACGCCGCGCUGUCUGCUAUGGCCGGAGACCUGCGAAUCCCAGGUGGUUUGAUCGUUGAAGCCCGACCAGUCAGCUGUGAUCGAAAACUUAUCGUUCUCUGUAUAGAGAACAUGUCCAAAUACCACGGUGAUCGAAUUUUGAAGAAGAAAAGGCUGCUUGACUUUAUGUGGUAAUG